CCCCAGCAGAUCCAUCUACCCCACCACCAGCUGCUUCACCCCCAGUAGAAGAGGAUGAGGUCUUCCCCGACGAUUACGAUCCUUAUGAGGGAGCUCCAGCGACUCCGAUCGAGGCACAACCUCUUAUCCAUGUACAUGACACCGAGUCGCAGGGUGAGAUUCUGUCCAUAGAGGCACAACCUGCAGUGGUUAAGAGUCGGAAGAGGAAGAGAAAGCCUCCUGUAUGGUUCGGUGACUAUACGGAGAUGAAGAGGAGACAUAGGCCAUCUUCGACUUUUGAUCCCCUGGAGCCACCGGAUGAGAAAUUGUUAACCACUUUCCGAAAGUGGUGUGUUGGACUCAUUCCGAACCACCGACUUCGGGAUUUGAGAAGUGGUGAUUACGGUCCAGGAUUCUUUUGGAUAAUGCUCACACCAAAGGAAUGGCUUACAGAUGACCAUAUAGAUGCAGCAAUGCAUAUGCUGAGGAGGCGACGCACCGACUAUCCACUGACAUUUCCUCAUAAGGGUAUCAUUCUCUCCACAUUCGUGACCGCCAUGAUCAGCAGUGCAUGGACGAGCCACAAGGGUCCGAGGAAAAACUUUAAAUGGGAGGAUUAUAUCCUGGACUACUGCACGGUGGGCUCAUAA